AGGGUUGGGUACUCACGCUUACUCCGCGUUGUUUCAAUCGACUUUGAUUAUCUGAAAGGAUCCAUUGAUGAUUUUAUGAGUGGUGAGCAAGAAUUUAUGACUUAGAAGGCGGCGAUAUUGUACAUUGAUUGCACGACUAGGUAUUGCAUUGACUCCUCUCAGUGAAGAUUGAUACAAUUAGUUUGAAUUGAUCAAAAUAUUUCGAGAAAAAUGGACACUUUUUGCAGUCAUAAAGACUUCGUUACUAGAAAACACCAGCCCAUGUUGCACCUUCGGCCGUUUCUCGUUCCCAGAAAUGCGAAGGCCGAAAGCUUGCACCAGUCAUCCCUGAGGAUAGUAGUUGCCGAGCUGUUGACAGUUAGCGCAGAAAUUUGCAGGAUGAUAAUCGCAAGUCUCCUUGUCCUGAAUUCGCACGGGAAGUCCCUCGUUCCUGCGCUUGAAUGCAAGGGUAGUAGCAGCAGCAGCCUGACAGCAAAACGAGUGACUCGUAGACGCCCACGACUUCGAGUGCUGAAAAAUUCAAGGCGGGACCAGAGAGGCGAAAUCUGGCCAGGAUUCUCAAGAUGGCAAGGUAUUACCAACUGCAACUGCUCCGGGGAUGAAGAUUUCUACGGAGCACGUCAAGGGAGACUACGGACUUCCUUACAAGUUGUUAAAAAGACUCGGCUGGUGCGGGCAAUGACGACACGGCUCGGUUAUUGGAAAGCUGUUCGGAGAAGAUACAUGGAAGGGCGAAAACGACGGGUUCGAUUGCGACGCAUCGGCAUGCAGGUACUUCGAGUCUACUCGUGAAGAAUGUUUUUCUUUGUUUUGAAGGUCUUAAGCCUAAUCUGUAGGUGGAGGAGGUUCAUUUUUCCUCAUAUUUAUCCUAGGUUAGUCCCUUCAAUCAAGAUAUCUAGGUAGAGGAGGUGUGCAAGUUUCCCCUCUUAUUGAUCUUUUGGAUGCGCAUGUAGAUGCACAAUGAAUAGCUUUAAAGAAAAAUAGACGUUGUUACAGAGUGAAGAUAUGCAUGGAUUUGCUUAUCACUGUUCAGUUUGAGCCAACUACAUCAAAGAUACUUCUUCGCUCGCGGGGACUAAAGAAUGAGUACAUUUGUUUUGCACACCAGGCGCGAACGACGAUAUUGGACGGUAGAGUCGAUUCCCUACAGCCGAUAGCCUUGCACAACAAGUGCGGUGAAGAUCAUCACUAUUCUGGGAGAUCGAGAAGAUUUUUACCGACAAGAAGAUACCCCAUCACCUCAGAGGAUGCCAAAGGUGAAGGAGUCACAGUGAUGAGACGAUCAGAGGGACAUGCGGUCUUUACUACUUCACCAUUGAUCUUCCCCGAUCAGACCCCUGCAAGAAUAUAUUUUGAAACACGUCAAGCAGGAUGUUGUCCAACGAUCAAAAACUACAACUGCAUACCGGUGGAAGAUGAAGAUUUGUUGUUAGAAGAUCAUAAGCAUAAAUACACCACCAAAAAUGUUUUUUUGCAAUUGAUGCACAUGAAACAGUAAGGAGGUAGCUAGUUGUAGAGGUCGUCUAGUUCCUAUCAAUUUUUUCACGACAGCCUCCUGAAUACAAAACCGUUUGGACAAGAUACAUUAUUUUUUAUUCUAAUGUUCGAGUAGAGAAGUCAUCUGAAGACUUCUGCUUCUCAAAUGAC